CUGGAUGAGUGCACGCUUAAGGACGUACAAGUGCAUUUUGAAUCGCAGCUAGCGGCGACAAAAGUUAAUUUAAACUUGAAAAAAGAUGGAUUUGCCGCUUUUCAUUCUUGUCAUUGCGCUUGUUUCGGCUGCUACAUCAAAGCCAUCACCAGAGGCUGUUUCUUCUAUUGAAGAAAAAGGUUGCAAACUUGACGGCGUUUCUUAUGCGAGCGGGCAAAAAUUUGCGAAACCAGGCGAACGGUGUGUAAAUUGUCACUGUUACAACGGAACAUUGAACUGCAGCAAAAUCGAGUGCUGCUGGAUCGACGGAUGCACCCCGGUCUAUGACCCUGACGAAUGCUGCCCAAAAUGGGUCAACUGCACUGGAAGUGAUUUUGAUGAAUAUUUAAAUUCAAUGGUUAAGUUCUCCUUAAAGGGAAGUCCACUUGAUGAUGACAAAAACGGCGACGGUUUAGUGGAGUCGGCUCCUAAAAAAUGAUGACAUUGAACCUGGUGACAGAAGGAUAUGGAAAGUUGCAAUGAGAAAUUAUUUUAUUUAUUCACCACAUUACCUGAUGUAAAAGUAAUUUCAAAAGAGAUUGUUUGCGUCUAUAAAUUUUAAUCAAUAAAUUUCUAUUUGUUUUUUUAAUACCAAUUGAUAGAAAAAAAGGU